UUGUUUUUAUCAUCCCGGCCAGCUCAAAAAUGGCGAGGGCAUACAUUCAUCCAUCUGCGUUACUAAACUUGAACACAUUACCCCAUUCUCCUUCAGAAUCUCUUGCUGCCCGUGACUCUCAGGAGGUCUAGUGCCAAAGAUUCUCAAUUUUUUUUCUCCUUUCCUUCCUCUAAUACCUCCCCAUGUCAAUUCGUCUCCAUCUACCCUGUCUUUGUACCCACCCACCCCCUUGGUCGAUUUGGCGUCCCCCCAUCCGACCCCGCAAAUUCUCUGCCCGACUUGUGUACAAUGAAGCGCAAAUACCACCUGUUCCUUUUAUCCCCAUUUUUCACACUUCUCGCACCUUUUUUUUUCUCCUCUUCUCUUCUAUCAUCUCAUCUAUCUUAUCUAUCUUAGUCAAGAACUCCAUGCUUCUUGUUCAUCCAUAUGUGGUCCUGCUCGCUGUGAUCCGGGGAAGUCGUUACGUAGCUCUCUUCCUCGCGGCUUCCAACUUCCUAAACCCGCGUAAGUUCGCCUAUAGCUUUAUUUUCCUUUCAUGAACUGGUUGUACGCUUUUUUGGGGGGAAAGAUUAAAAGAGAGCCUGCUGAGUACCACCCUUGGAUUUGGUACAAUUGCACCCUCG